AACUUCUAAUUCGCUUCGUAAAUUCAUUUUUAGAUAAAAGACGUAUGAUCCGUACCUGAUCAUGUUAGCAGUAAAAAUAUUGAACAACGCUGGGUGUUAUAUCAUACAAUAAGUAUUUAACUCUUCGAAUUAAACUUAAGAAGAAAUAAUCCUAAUUCUAGAAUAUAAAUAUUAUUAAAUAAUUAUAAUACCUUUCAAUAUAAAACGGAAUUUUUAGUAAUUUUUGAAAAAAUAAAGAAACUUAGAAACACGCAAUUUUACUAUUAUGGUAACAGUGAUGAACUCUUACUAGCUUCCCUUGCGUAAUUAUUCGAGUUAACAGUUGCCAUUUUAGGAGAUUUAAGUGUAGUGUUUUGUUGGUUAGGUCUUAUUUAUCAAUCUCAUUUCAAAAUGGCCAUCAAAGGGAACAAUAUGAUACCAUUUGCACAUUUUCAUAAAGACUGGCAAAGAUUCAUCAAGACCUGGUUUAAGCAAACCAGCAAGAAGAAUAAAAGAAGAAUCACAAGAACUCGAAAGGCUACAAGAAAGGCACCCAGACCUGUGAAACUCCUCAGACCAACAGUGAGGUGCCCUAGUGUUAAAUAUAAUACAAGAUUAAGACUGGGAAGAGGAUUCACAUUAGAUGAAAUUAGAAGAGCGGGAUUGAAUGCGAAGUUUGCCAAAACGAUUGGCAUUGCUGUUGACCACAGGAGGAGAAACAAAUCUGUUGAGCCAAUGUUAAUUAAUGUACAACGUUUGAAAGAGUAUAUGGCCAAGUUAAUCCUUUUCCCUUUCAAAAGAAGCAAGAAACUGAAGAAAGGAGAGGCAGCAGAAUCAGAAAGGAAGUUGGCCACUCAGUUGGUAGUUCCAAUAUCAAUAAAAAAUACAACUACAAAGUUGAAAGCUCGAGUGGUCACUGAAGUUGAAAAGAAUUUCAACUGCUAUGCUGCUCUUAGAAUGGCUCGAGCAGAUGUCAAGUUGAUAGGAAUGAAAAUGAAGAAACUGAAAGAGGCAUCAGAAAUAGAAAUGCCUGUUUCUGAGAAGAGCAAGAAGAAAAAGAGGAAGCACUGAAAGUUUGAAAAAAACUAAAGGUUGAAGUUGUGUUUGAAUUGAGGUUAAAUAGUUUUUCGAACAAAUGUUGCUACAAUGUAUUUUUAAAGCUUUGAUUAUUUUAAUACUUUAUUUUGUUUGCACAGUUCUUCAGCUGCUAUGUUUGUAAUUUAUCCUUUUAUUACUUAAAUAAAUUAGACAUUUAUAUAUUUUUUUAAAUCACA